UUUAUAGCAGCUAGCGAUAAGUUAUGGUUCAUGCUAGAGAUGUACUCGUUCGUAGAUUACUUCACGAUACCCCCGUCCUUCGUCUCAAUUUAUUUGGAUCGCACGUGGAUAGGUCUCCGUUUCCUUCGUGCCCUACGUCUGAUGACCGUGCCGGAUAUACUUCAGUAUCUGAACAUACUGAAAACUUCCAGCUCUAUACGUCUUGCUCAGUUAGUGUCCAUCUUCAUCUCGGUGUGGUUAACAGCAGCCGGCAUAAUUCAUUUACUGGAAAACUCCGGAGAUCCUUUAGACUUCGAAAACCCACACCCACUACCCUACUGGACGUGCGUCUACUUCCUCAUCGUGACGAUGUCCACGGUCGGAUACGGCGACGUCUACUGCCACACGGUCCUCGGCCGCACAUUCUUGGUGUUCUUCCUGCUCGUCGGCUUGGCGAUAUUUGCUAGUAGCAUUCCAGAGAUUAUAGACCUUGUAGGAACUAGAUCCAAGUACUGCGGCGAGUACAAGAGGGAGCACGGAAAGAGGUAUUAAUUUAUUUAAAAAAAA